CCCGCGCCUCCGGACGUCUUUGCCGGGACAUGGCCGCGGCCGGUACCGGGUCCUUAAGCUGAUUGCCGGCUGCCGGAGCUAACUGCUGUCGUCAACAGUCCGCGCGGGCCGGUCCCAGGCGUCGGGACGGCGACGAGCCGCCGAGGAAGCGGGGCUCGCCAUAGGACGCCGCCGCGGCGGGCGCAUGGCGUCCAUCUUGCUCAGGAGCUGCCGCGGCCGGGGCCCUGCGCGCCUCGCGCCUCCCCGCGCAGUCUCCCCGCGGGGUAGUCGGAGGGAUCGAGCUUGUCUCAGUUGUGCCAGCACCGUGGGGUUGAUAAGCCAUGAGAAAAUUCUAUCUCGCUGCUGUCCUCCAGUCAACCCUGUGUACCUCUGCUUCAAAGGUGAGCCCCGCAGCCGUUGGACUCAGAGGCUUGAGUGCCAGGGCACCAUUGCAAGGGCAACAUGGACACCUGCCUCUGCAAGAUUGGUUGUCACAGGACCUCAGUACCUUCCUGUGCGCAGCUGGCACUCAUCACCUCCCCUAGGAGAGGACUCUGUGAUAGAGAAGUCCCUUAAGUCCUUAAAGGACAAGAAUAAGAAGCUGGAAGAGGGUGGCCCUGUGUACAGCCCGCCAGUUCAAGUGGUAGUAAAGAAGUCCCUUGGGCAGAAGAUACUGGAUGAGCUGAAGCACUACUACCAUGGCUUCCGCCUGCUCUGGAUCGACACCAAGAUAGCUGCCCGCAUGCUGUGGCGCAUCCUCAAUGGCCACACGCUGACCCGCCGGGAGCGCAGGCAGUUUCUCCGGAUUUGUGCAGACCUCUUCCGCCUAGUGCCCUUCCUGGUGUUCGUGAUCGUGCCCUUCAUGGAAUUCCUGCUGCCUGUAGUUGUAAAGCUCUUCCCCAACAUGCUGCCAUCCACAUUUGAAACCCAGUCCAUCAAGGAGGAAAGGCUGAAGAAAGAGCUUCGGGUAAAGCUGGAGCUAGCCAAGUUUCUCCAGGACACCAUAGAGGAAAUGGCCCUGAAGAACAAGGCAGCCAAGGGGAAUGCCACCAAAGACUUCUCUGCAUUUUUCCAGAAGAUCCGGGAGACAGGAGAAAGACCCAGCAAUGAGGAAAUCAUGCGUUUUUCCAAAUUAUUUGAGGAUGAACUGACCCUGGAUAACCUCACGAGGCCUCAGCUAGUGGCACUGUGCAAGCUGCUGGAGCUUCAAUCCAUCGGCACCAACAACUUCCUGCGUUUCCAGCUCACCAUGCGCCUGAGGUCCAUAAAGGCUGAUGACAAAUUGAUUUCUGAGGAAGGAGUGAACAGUCUGAAUGUCAAGGAAUUGCAGGCAGCAUGUCGAGCACGAGGCAUGCGAGCACUUGGCGUCACAGAAGACCGUCUGAAGGACCAACUGAAUCAGUGGCUCGACCUGCACCUCCAUCAUGAGAUCCCCACAUCAUUGCUCAUACUGUCCCGGGCCAUGUAUCUCCCAGACACCCUCUCACCUGCUGACCAGCUCAAGUCCACCUUGCAGACCCUUCCAGAAAUCGUGGCAAAGGAGGCUCAGGUGAAAGCAGCAGAGGUGGAGGGCGAGCAGGUAGACAACAAGGCGAAGCUGGAGGCCACACUGCAGGAAGAGGCUGCCAUCCAGCAGGAGCACCUGGAAGAACUGCAGAGGGCUGCCGAGGCGGUGAAGGACACCCAGCCAGAAGUAGCAGAAGCCACCAUUCCUGGGAGGCCAGGGGCCGAGCUUCAGCCAGAAGUGCCUGUUGUGAGUGUGUCCUCAGAGACACUGAAGGAUACAGCACCUGUGCUAGAGGGAUUGAAGGGAGAAGAAAUAACCAAGGAGGAAAUUGACAUCCUCAGUGAUGCCUGUUCUAAGCUAAAGGAACAAAAGAAGUCCCUGACCAAGGAGAAGGAGGAGCUGGAGCUGCUCAAAGAGGAUGUCCAGGACUACAGUGAGGACUUACAGGAGAUCAAAAAGGAACUUUCAAAGACCGGUGAUGAAAAAUAUAUAGAAGAAUCCACAGCUAGCAAGAGGCUGACAAAGCGAGUCCAGCAGAUGAUCGGGCAGAUCGAUGGCCUGAUUGCACAGCUAGAGACCAGUCAACAGAAUGGCAAACUGGGCCCCCAGGAGAGUUCUCCAACAGGGGAGAGUGUCAUCAGUGUCAGUGAGCUCAUCACCGCCAUGAAGCAAAUCAAGCACAUUCCAGAACACAAGCUGAUCAGUUUGGCUUCAGCCCUGGAUGAAAAUAAGGACGGCAACAUCAACAUCGAUGACCUUGUUAAGGUGAUCGACUUGGUGGACAAAGAAGAUGUUCAGAUCUCUACCACCCAAGUAGCCGAAAUUGUGGCCACACUAGAAAAGGAGGAAAAGGUGGAAGAGAAGGAAAAGGCCAAGGAAAAGGCUGAGAAAGAGGCUGCAGAAGUGAAGAAUUAGAACUGCCUGGCUUUUGGCCCACAGGGUCUGCCUUCAUCAUGCUACACCAACCACAGUGGGGAUGACACAAGAGUGAUUGCUAUGAGGUGAUUCUUAGUGACAAAUCUAAUAUUUUAUCUGGAAUAAAUCAGAAACUUCUUUAAUCAAGCAAUUUUUAAUUUUCAUCAUUCCAUGAAGAUUCAGUCAGCCUGGAGCCCUAGAGCCCUCUGAGUGAUUGUGUCUGGACUCAUGCCUUGGUGUGAUACUAAAUGGCCCUAACCCAUGGGGUAAGGGGACAGCCACCACUAGGAUCAUAGUCUCACACUCUGACCCCUAGCUCCAAAGGUAGCUUGGGCUAGACUGGGUAGGAAAGUAUUUCCCUGUUUAUGUCCUUACUCGCUCAGGGUCUGGCCAAGCCUCUGUCCCUUGAGAGGAGAGUGAGAACCAAGUGGACUCCCAGCACCUGUGUGGAGCCAAGUAAAUGUGCCUGCAUUUCUCCAGAGGCCUUGGAAUAGGAGGUAGACAGACACAACGCAGGCCUCCUCUGCGCUGAAGACGUUGAAGUCAGUCUGAGGACUUGGGAUUCCUCCAGGAGAUCUGUGUGCUCACUCCUCCACGGUUGUGUCGUAACUGCUAGUCCCUGACAGCAUUGUCUCUCUUGUAUGGAUUCUGAAGCAUGUUGACUGGAGUGUUCUCAAUUUACCAUUGAUUUUCACCUAAUUCUAUAACUGACUAGUACUGAAUUUUCAUACAUGACUAUUCGCCUAGCUCGUGAGUAGUUCCGUAAUUAACAGGGGACAUACACUGAAGAAGCCUUUGAAAUGAAAUUGGGCAGUCCACAUUGCUGAGUAGCCCUGGGGGAUAGAGCUGAUACCUGAAACCUGAACAUACCUGAGGCUUUGUGGCUUUUAACAUAAAACUUAAGUCCUGCCCAGGACAGUGGCCAAGAUGGGGCUUCACAAGGCUGUCUCGUCACAGAUGCUCUUGAAUGUGCUCCUGCCUCCAGCAGUGAGGAAGUAGUCUGUGGUACCAUGGAGCUUUCGGCGUGGUGUUCCGUGCCUGCUAACGGCUCGCUGGCACCCCUCUGAGUGGAGAUGCACUAGUUCAGCGUCCAGAGCUUUUGCUGAGUGGCCAGCACCCUUUCUUACUUGGAGAUGGCUGCUUGGGCAGGCCAGGGCUGAGUAUCCUGUGGCCUCACCACCACCCUCCCACUGUAACCCCAUCCUAGGAACACAGAAAGCAAGAUCAUGAGUUCAGCUUGGGCUAUCCUGUCCAGGAAAAUGAUUCUUGGGACUCCAGACAGGAUCUAGAAGAUGUGCAGAGAAGCAGCAACUAGAAUGGAACUUUCUCGGUUUCUUGAAACUUUUCUUAAAGGAAGCAUAUGAUGCUAAGCAAGAAUAAAAUAAUUCUCACACGUAAGCCUGUGCAGAGUAACAGUGGAAGGAGCCUAGUGAAUAUAUGGUCACAUCUGUGCGUCCUUGUGUACCCUAGCAGCCUGGUUCCCACUGUUAGUGUGUACUUCUGAGGACAAGAUUGUGGUUGCCAAAUGUGUUCCCACAAUGAAUUGUUUCUCUUUUGAGCAGCA